UAUUUUUUUAAACGCGGAACUAUAUUUUAUUAUUAUUCAGUUCUGGGCACAUAUGAAUGUAUGUUUAUAAGCCUUCUAAAUGUCUAGAAGCAUAUGACGUAACUUUUCCGUGCAUUUUAUGUUGAUAACUAUUAUUCACGGAAAACUGCAACAAACAACAACAAAAAACAAAAAAUAAGGUCUGGCAUUCUGCGCUAUGUUGAUGGCUGACGCAGCAAUGGUGCAGGCCGUGUUUUGACGCAGAAGGGGAUGUUAAGAUACGCUGAAAUGAAAGUAUCAAUAUGGAGUGGGUGGAACCACUUCGUAGACUAGUAAGGAAAUACACUUGCUUAAUUAAGGUCUAAUUUCCAGCGUAAUGGCGAGAAUAUAGCUCGCACCACAAUAUAUUUAUCUUGCAUCAAAACCUCAAAGAAGAUGUAAUUUUAUUCUGCAAAGUAUAUUAAAUUGAGAAACUAAUGGAAAUUAACAACUGAACUGCUAAAUUAUACAAUUUACGUAUUUUUUUGAAUACACCUCUGAAUGGGCGCAUGCUAUUCCAAGAAAGCUAGUGGAGGGAAUCGUUCGUAUACUACUGUUCAUAUGGCUUCCACUAAGCUAGAAGAGGCAUCGCGACUGGCACGUCCUACUCCCUAUUCUAGAACACAAAAUGCAAAUAUUGAAUAUGCAGCUAAAAAGAGCAUUCCAUUAUCUACAAAACAUAGUUCUGUCAGUACUGUUGACCCUGGCGAAAUAAAAAAUUUGAAAAAUAGCUUCCAGUCAAACAUUCCUCGGUUUAGCUCUAGUCUACCUUCCACAACUUCGCUUACUGCUGAACAAAAGACAAAUAUUCCAAAUUAUAAUGAUAAUGAAACUUUGCAUGUUGUGAACAAUAAUCCCAUAAUUAAUUCCCGAUCUGCUGUUAACAUUACUAAUAAUGCAUCACCUCCUGUAAAUAAGGUAGCUAAGACUGAAUCACAAUUCAAACCAAAGAGUCUAGGUAGUAAAAGUUGUCCAGAUAAAAUUGUUAACCAAGAUGUAAGUGAAGAAAAACAAACUAGGAUACCCGGAAAAGGAACUGGGCUUCCUCGUCAGUAUGUUGCUGUUUCUAAAUCUGCUCACAGUGUAUCUCACCUCAAUACAGAAAGUUUAGCAGUUCCUAAAUCUCAACAAACUAAAGAUUUUAGAGGUGUAGGUAGUAGGAAUAGUUCUUCGGGACAAAGUCCUCAGUCAAAAUCUCCAUCGAGGAAGGGGUUCGAAAGUCAUGAUAGUUUAUCAGAUUUUGAUUCAGGCAUAGGAAAUAGUUUGAAUGAAAAAAUUAAGCCUGAAGAUUCUGAUACAAUUAAGGACUUGGAGCAUCUAGAAUUGCAAGAUGAUUCCUCUCCUGUUUCCAUUGAUACAUGUUCUACAAGGUCAACUAGUACUCCAAAAUAUUGCCGUUCUGAGACAAAAAUGUCAGUAAAAGCACCAACAUAUAAAAGAGAGCCAAAUGGUAAAUGGAGUUUUGAUGAAAAGCAUUUUGGACCUGAAACAGAGAGGUCUGUGGUUCCGAAGCCUUUCAGCAGUUCGGGAGGAAGCAGUCCACGAGAAAAACACUCUUUUAAAAUAAGUGCUUCUGAGAAUAUCUUUUCAACAUAUGCUUCAUAUAAAGGAUUAUUAUCAUAUCAGAAAAAGUCAUGCAAACCGUUAGAUUGCAAUUCUUAUAAUUCAAGAGAAAAAACUGUUUCUGAACAGAUGCAGCGAAUUGCACAACCUCAGGCUGUAAAUUCUUCAUGUAUUCCCAAAAUGAGGAGACAACUGAAUCAGCCAUUGUCUGGAGGAAACAGUGUUUUCUAUAUUCAGAAUGAAUCUGAAAAAAGUGUAAAUGAAGAAAAACCUAAAACUGUUAGAAAAACGUCAGAGUAUCAAACAUUGAAUUCUAAACAAUCUAGUCUUGAUUCUGAUGAGAAGUCAGACAGCACAGAAAAUGGAGUUCUAAGCCCUCCUUCUGAAGUGGAAAAUAGAGAGUUUUUGAUUGAUGAUGAAAUUUCUGAUCAACCUGGACUAACAUUUUUUGGAGAACCAAGAUCUGAGGAAUCUGAUAUGCAGUCCUUACAGUUAGCUGUAACGGAAUUACAUGCAUUACAGAUGGCUAGUUCUUCUAAAAAAAGAACAGAUAGUGUUGGAAGUUACUGCAGCCGUAAAAGUCGCACAGGUGAUCACCGAGAUAGUUUACUUUUAGGAUCUGAUUUGGGGUCAUCUUGUUCCAGCAUUGCAUCUGAUGAUUUGAUGCUGGACUAUGAGAAGACAUUUGACAAUACUUUUCCUGAAGGCACAGUAAAUGAAGGGCCUGCUUCACCAAUGAGAAAAAUUUCUGAAACAGAUGAUAAAAUAGCUCCAUUGAGAAUUGAAAAUAAAAUUGAUUUUGAAGAUAAGAACAGGAAGCGACUGCAACGCAGAUCUUCAGGCCCUUUUUCGAGUAGUGCUGAACGACUAGAGUGGCGACAUAGAACUGUCAGCCUUCCUUUGAGACCUCCUCGCCAGAUGAGCAUUUCUGAAGCAGAUGAUGGAAGUUUAAAACUAGAUUCCUCAUCUUAUAGAUUAUUGUGUCAAGAUUUAAAUGGAGUUAAAACACUUCUUCUGCGAUUAAAGUCUGUGAUUCAAGAGGCAGAGACUAUUAAUCCAUUUGAUCAAGCAAAUCCUAAA